AUGGGAGUCUCGAAAACCUCUACUUCUCUUGGUACUGUUGAAUCAAAACCCCAGGAGGAAGUGGUUCCAACUGAAGCACCCAUUGAAUCUUCCCACAAUGAGGAUACUGUUCUUGAAGCUGUCGAAACAAACCCACAAGAGGAUACUGUUCCCAUUGUAGCGCCCAUAUCUUCCUACAAUGAUCCGAUACUCGACAUUUCAGACAGGCUCAGGAACUUGGAUCUGAUGAAAGAAGGGAUCCAGGUCCCGACUAUAGUUGUCAUCGGAGACCAAUCCUCUGGAAAGACAAGUGUUCUUGAGUCGCUGGCUGGAAUCAGGUUGCCUCGAGGGCAAAGGACUACAUUUCCUCUUGUGAUGAGAUUACAGAGAAGUCCUUGCCCUGAAUCUGAAAUCUGGCUUGAGUACGAUGACAAAAGAGUUGAUACUGAUGAGGAGCAUCUCGCCGAUGCUAUUUGUACUGCAGCUGAGGCAAUUGCUGGAUCUGUUAAAGGCGUCUCAGACACUCCUUUGACCCUCCAUGUGAAGAAGGAUGGUGUUCCCGAUCUGACAUUGGUUGAUCUCCCUGGGAUAACUCGAGUUUCCGUGAAUGGACAGCCUCGAACCAUCUAUGAGCAGAUCUCCAGGAUGAUUAUGAAGUACAUCAAGCCAGAAGAAUCCAUCAUCCUCAAUGUUCUGCCAGCAACAGUUGAUUUCACAACUUGUGAGUCCGUACGGAUGUCUAAGAAAGUCGACAAAACAGGGGAACGAACUCUGGCUGUGGUCACAAAGGUUGACAUGGCUCCUGAAGGUGUCCUGGAGAAAGUAACUGCAGAUGAGGUGAGUAUUGGACUUGGUUAUGUCUGUGUUAGAAACAGGAUUGGGGAGGAAACCUUUGAAGAAGCUCGAAGGGAAGAAGAGUCACUAUUUGGGACUCAUCCAUUUCUUUCCAUGAUAGAAAAAGAUAUUGUGGGUAUCCCUGUGUUAGCUCAAAAGUUGAUGCAGAUCCAGGAGGUGAUGAUAUCCCGAGCAGCUGCAAAACCAAGUGAACCGCCCCUAAGGAGAUCGAAACGGGGACGAAUUCCAAACCGCAAAUACUUGCAGUAA